CGAAAGUUUUACUUCCACCAUAACACUUUAAUAACAGUAUACCAAGAUGCCUGUGCAUAUUUUCGGGAAGGCCAUCAAGAAUACGGCAUUAGUCAGAAUUGGUUUAGCCAAGAAAAUCUUUGGUGUUGGAUACCAAACUGCUGAAAAAAUAUGUGCUAAGGUAGGAAUCUACCCACAAAUGAGAAUGGUUGAACUCUCAGAACCACAAAUCAUGUCUAUCAACAAGGAGUUGUCCACUAUGACUGUAGAAGGUCACUUGAAGCAGAAGAUGCUUGAUGACAUCAAGGCAAAGAGAAGAAUCGGGUCUUAUGCUGGUAUGAGACAUGCUCUUGGUUUACCAGUUCGUGGUCAAGGUACUAGAAACAAUGCUCACACCGCCAGAAGAAUGAACAGAUUGGAAAGAAGAUUCAAAUAGAAUAAAUGUACAUAGAACGAAUUCAUAUUUAAGAAAUAAGUAAGAAAAAA